AUGAGAGUGGUAAUAAUAUUGUCAGUGGUCGCGGCCAUAGUGGCUGAAGCACCAUACCAGCUACCGCAGCCAGGGCCUCAGGCUCCAGUUUUUAAUUAUCCAGUACAGCAACCACAAAGGCCAAAUAUAAUACUAAAUUCACAGCAGUCAAGUGGUGGUUAUCAUUACCAACAACCACAACCUAGGCCAAACUAUGUGCCACAACCAAGACCUCAACCUCAACGUCUACCUCAACCUGUCCAUCCUAUGGAGUUCCCCAGCCGCAACCUACUUACCCACAACCACAGCCCAGCUAUCCACAACCACAACCUAGCUAUCCUCAACCACAGCCCAGCUAUCCACAACCCCAACCUAGCUAUCCUCAACCACAACCUAGCUAUCCUCAACCACAGCCUAGCUACCCACAACCACAGCCUAGCUAUCCCCAGCCACAGCCCCAACCAACUUACCCUCAGCCACAACCAUCCUACAACUAUCCUCAACCAGCACAGCCUCUCCCCCCAACCACAACCAAUUCAACCAUUCCCACAACCAAUCCAACCUCUCCCACAACCAAUUUUCCCUCAACCCCAACAAUCAGGAUACUCCUACCAGCAACCUGCCGCUCCUUUCAUCCAACAAUCCAGCCAAGCACUAUCCAGCUACCAGGCAGAUUCUAACCAAUACAACAACGCCCAACUUUCACUCGGUCAGUACAAUUCUCCUCAGCAACAGCAAACCCACAGAGAUGCAUUGGAUGACCAUGUCGUCAGUCGGGUACAGAAUAUAAUCAAAGACAACGAACAUUCCUCAGCGAAGGAACGUGGAUACUUGUCUUUGGUGUCAGGUGUAAGCCUCGAGAACGCUCAGCCAAGUAUAGAAAUAUCAUCCUUCGUCCAGAACUCGCAGCAAGCUGUGAGCCAGAGCUCUGGUUCACAAUCUGUGUCCACAGACUAUGGAUUACCGAACCAAGUCGACAAUAGCGUUGCAUUCAUACCACAGAACAAACCAGCGAUUUCCUACGGAGUGCCAAAUUAG